GUCUCCUCGGAGCCAACCUUUGCCCCUCAUUGCCACAGAGUCAGUGCAUAGUGUGACAGCUUCAUUUAUUAUAUUCAAUUCACACAACGCCUCUGGGCUUGCACUACUCCCAGGAUCUGCACCGCCCAACGCAUCUCCCUCGAGUGACUCUCAUCUCGUCUCAUCUAUAACCGCUACAGCAGUCUGUGCGUGGCAGGCGCCCUGCGCAGACGCACAGGGUCUCACACAGCUUUUUGCUCUGAAUGAGUGGAAUUUCUAAGAAACAGAUAUAUACCAUCAGAAAGAAAAGAAGAGAGGAAUACAACUCACACACUCUUUCCUGUAAGCCAGAUAUCACCAUGACCCAGAAUUUAGUUCUAAAUGCUUCCUGGGAGAACCUGAACCCUUCCGAUUCCUCAAGAUCACAGGAAAACCUUUUGACCCACCAGAACAUCACCUAUGUUGACUUCUACCUCCACAAGCCCUCUGUGGCUGCAGUCUUCACCAUCUCCUACCUGCUCAUCUUCGUGGUGUGCAUGGUGGGCAACGGGGUGGUGUGUUUCAUCGUGCUGCGCAGUAAGAACAUGCGCACGGUCACCAACUUGUUUAUCCUCAACCUCGCCAUCAGCGACCUGCUGGUUGGCAUCUUUUGCAUGCCAACCACUCUGGUGGACAACAUCAUAACAGGAUGGCCGUUUGGUAGCGUAGUGUGCAAGCUGAGUGGGAUGGUUCAAGGGAUAUCCGUGUCUGCAUCUGUGUUCACGCUAGUGGCAAUAGCUGUUGACAGGUUCCGCUCCAUUGUCUACCCUUUCAAGCAGAAGCUCACCAUUGCCACCUCCAAGCUAAUUAUCGUCAUCAUUUGGGUCCUGGCCGUGUCCAUCAUGUGUCCCUCGGGGGUCAUGCUCCAGGUCACAAAGGAGCACAGGGUGCGGAUAGUCCUCGGCCACGACAACGACACUCGCCCCUUUUACUGGUGCCGGGAAAACUGGCCCAAUCAGGAGAUGCGGAAAAUCUACACCACCAUCCUCUUUGCUAACAUCUACCUUGCCCCACUCAGCCUCAUCGUCAUCAUGUACGCCCGCAUCGGCUUCACCCUCUUCAAGACCGCUAUUCCUCCCUUGAGGGGCAGUGGAAUUGUGUCUGGCGAAGGGAGUGGCAACAACAAAAUGAGCAUGGAAGGUCGUCACACAAUAUCAAGGAAAAAGAAAAGGGUGAUAAUGAUGCUGCUGGUUGUGGCUCUGCUCUUCAUCCUCUCCUGGCUGCCUCUGUGGACGCUGAUGAUGCUGAGCGACUACGCCAGCCUGACGGAGCACCAGUAUCGUGUCAUUAAUAUCUACGUGUAUCCCUUGGCUCACUGGUUGGCCUUCUUCAACAGCAGCGUCAACCCCAUCAUCUACGGGUUCUUCAACGAGAACUUUCGCAGAGGCUUUCAGGCGGCUUUCAAAUUCCAGCUGUGCUCCGCUUACACGGGGCACCAGAAGACCUACUCCCAUCGGAUCAGAGGGAACGCUGUGCUCCCCGUCCGGCCCGCCACACUCAGCAGAUCAGGCUCAGGAGUUCAAUCAGUGUUAGUGGGAAAUGGGAAGUGCUCAUUUCAGGAAGAGGGGUGUAAAAAUGAUAUCAAAGAACAGGACCUGAUCAUGGAGGAUCUGGAAAAGGUGUCCCAUAUUUAGACAGACUCAGAGGGUGCAGCACACAGACACUUUAAGAGGUUCUGAGGCUUUUGGAGAAUCAAUGGACAAUGGGAAACAGGCCUCAUAAAAAUACAUGAUUAAGUGUCAUGUAUAUUUGUUCCAAGUGAAUGUACCUGCAAGCUCUGCAACAUCAGUAAUCAUCUUAUUAUAUAAUUUUGAUUUCCCUUCUGAAUGUUUAUUAUGGUGUAAAUAGCAAAGAAUAGUAUAAACAAAGAGAAAUUAAAGUCCCCAAAAACUUGGCUUAAAAUUGUUUGAUCGGUUCUGACUGACAGAGUCCUGCAACCAUGAAUAAACCACCAACCCAAACUGGUGGAUGGGCAAUGUGAGAUCACUUUAGUAAAUCUGAUCCCUGCCCUUUUCAAACCAGAGAAAAAUACAUACACGGAUAAAGCACAAGUAUCUGCCCGUCUCUCAGACAGAGAGGGAGGAAAUAUAAUCUGAAUGUCCAUUUUUUUUAUCACAAUGUAAUGAAAUGAGUUGGAUGACAUUUUUAUCUUAACUGCUUCAGUUGUGUUUUGUGGUUCACAUUCUGUAAGCCUAUCUGCUGUGUUAACUCUAUUACUAUUAAAUUCUCUUUGCAGGUGAUGUAAUAGCAGUGAGAUUCAAUGAAUGGCACAGUGGUGCAGUUCGAUCAAACUUUAAUUCAGAAGUGCCCUGAACAUUACUGGGAUGUUUCAGGGAGAAUGAAAGCCUAUCAAGGCAUCUUUGGCCAAUUGAAGACAUCAAGUUUAGAACUGCACACGUGGACGGCAGUGUGAUGAGAAUUGUUUUCCUCCAGUCUAAGUGCGUGUUCUAGUGCCCCCAGUGAAGCUGGCGCUGGGCUGAUGGCUGUGACAUGUGGUGGCAUUGGAAGAGGAUCACAGGCUCAUUUGGAAAGCAUCCAUAAGUCCUCCAGUUAUCUGCUCCUUGCAGAGUGCUUUGAGAUCUGAACACUUAAAACAAUGUAAAAGGGAAGAAAGUUAUAUUAGGAUUUCAGAUUCAGCUGAAAACAGAGCAGAUAAGAGGUUAGAGAGACUCACCGUACCAAGAAAAUGCAUGAGCACAUACGCAUCAUGUGCUAAUGUAUGUAAAAAGGGUAUAUGUUCAACAUAAAAGUGUGGAAGAACCAUUAAUUGAAGACUGAAACAAAUAUAGAAACAAUCGUAUUAAUGUAUAAUGCUUAAUAGCCAUUUUUUUCCACACAAGGCAAAGGCAUGUUCUUUAUUAUUUCAGAAACAUUCACACAUGACUGCUGUACUUAACUUUAUAAGGUGUUUAAAUCAGGUCUUAAGAAUCCACCUACACUAUGAAUGAUGCAAAGAUCUACGUGACUUCGGAAGAGGGUUUAUUGUCGGGGCACAGACGGCAGGAGCUUCAGUCACAAUGACUCGGCAACUGGCUGGUGUUUCAAUAGGAACAGUAACUAAAGAGACAUCUGCAUUUAGAUCUAUGAGAAAGACAUCAGUGAAUAGUCUUUGGAGUGGCUAUCGUGACUGUGAAUGGACCUGCUAUUGUUACAUCGUUAUAGUGUUAUUUUGCUAUUGCAAAAAAAUAAUAGCUUUGCCAUGAAUGUACAACAUUUACAUGUGUGUAAAGUUUAAGUUGUUUUUCUGGAAACCAUAGGGUUUGUGCGCUAUUUCCACAUGCAAUUGAAUUUGAAACCGUUACCUCAAUAUGUGAUAUGUUAUUGAACAGUGCUGUUGCUGAUACUGAAGCAGGAUAACAUUAACAUGUACAGUUAAGAGUGUAUAUAUUUGAUAUAUAUUCAUUAUGAUUGUAAAAAAAAAAGUUGAAUUUGAUGGAAAUUCUUGGGAGCCAUAAUUUUGGUUUUGUGUAAUAUUAUUAUUUUUUACUAUUAUUUCUAAAGGUUUUUUGUCAUGUAAUUUCUCUUGUGGUCAGUAUUUGUCAUGCAACAGUAAUAAUGUGUUUGUGCCAAAGUAUUAAAGUUACCCUGUUUUUAA